AUGACCUGCCUUCUAGCCACAGAAGUUUGCUUUUUGAUCCUAACACAGUGGCUAACACAACAGGUGAGCAGCCUGUCACAGCUAGAAAGUUCACAGGACCUAGACAUGACUGAUGAUGCAUUUGAUGAUCAAUAUAAUGGCUGUACUGAAGAAAUGGAUAAAAAAGCUCCCCAGCUCUUAGAAAAAGAACUGGAAGUGAAUGGCAAUUUAAAACAUGAAUGGGAAAUGGCACAGAGAAAAUGGAAGGAAAUAAGGAAUAAAGCAGACCCUUCAAAAAAACUCAAUGAUUUCCAGGGAACAGCUCUAGUGGCCUAUACUGGGGAUAUUGCAAUGGAAUUUAAUAAAGCCAUAAGAUCAUUCCAUCAAAAUUCAGAUAAAUUUCAGUUUAAAGCUUUCCAUUAUUAUUUGACAAGAGCUCUUCAGCUUCUCACUACAGGGGAGUGUCAUACAGUUUAUAGAGGUACUAGGAUAAAGUUUGUUUACAAAGGGAAAGGAAAUGUCCGUUUUGGCCAAUUUGCCCCAUCAUCUUCUUCGGUAGAAGCAGCUAAAAAUGUUCUCUUUGAGAAAAGGUUGGGGACACUGUUUACUAUCAGAACUUGUUUGGGUGUUUAUAUUAAAAAUUGUUCUUACUAUCCAUCUGAAAAGGAAGUGCUAAUUCCAGGCUAUGAGGUGUUUCAGCAAGUCACCAUACCAAGCAAAGAUAAAACAUACAGUCAAUAUUCACUUACAAAUGAUGGAAAAACCUUAAGUAAAACACAUGAUGAAGUUUCACUUGAAAGCCCCCAAAAUUUUACAAGUAACUACAAUUGCUUCUAUAGCUCAGGAAUGAGACAACAUCCAGUGUUCAUUCUGCUGCUGCCCAGCCUUCUAGUCCUGCUGCUCCUCCCUGCUGAGCUGUAA